AUGUCUGAGUGGAACGAGGUUGUCUCGCCGAGGCGCCUGGUGUCUGUCAGCCCGCACGGAGAACCAAUGACUCGAGCAGAAUCGCCGCUGAGAGGUAGUCCGGAGGCGCGGACGCAGCAGCACGAGGAGGUCGCGCUCGAGCUUGCGAGGGGGGAUGUGCCGGCGGAGCCGACGGAUGCUGUAGAUGAGGCAGCAAGUACGCUAGCCGCUCAAACACUGGACGAGAAUGAGGUUGAGCAGACUCCCAGCUCACCUCCUUCGUCCUCGUCUGUGUCGAUGGGAUUCGGAGGCGAGGCGCCGUACCUUGCCCGUCGUCCGCGCCGAUCCUCGCUAACCCUCAAAGUGGGCAUGGUGGGCGAUGCCGGUUGCGGGAAAACUUCCCUUAUGGUGCGAUACUGCGAAGGCCACUUCGACGAGGACUAUAUCAUGACACUAGGAGUGAAUUUUCUUGAACGCUCCGUUUCUCUGCGGCACACAGACAUCGUGUUCUCUGUCUGGGAUCUGGGAGGUCAAAGUGAAUUCCGAACGAUGCUUCCCCUGGUGACCAGUGACGCCGCAGCCAUGCUUUUUAUUUUCGACCUCACGAGAAAAACGACGUUGAUCUCCAUUCGAGACUGGUACCAGCAGGUACGAUUACUCAACGUCACAGCGGUUCCGAUUCUGGUAGGCAACAAGUACGACCUGUUUAUAUCACUUGCGGCUGAUCAGCAGGCUUCGAUUGUUCGUCGAGCCCGGAAAUACGCACGUGCCAUGCAUGCGCCGCUGGUUUUUUGCAGUGCAAGCCAUUGUGUUCAAGUGCAGCGAGUUUUCAAGUUGGUUCUCGUCCGGCUUUUCGAUCUUCAGCCGGCUUUCGAGCGCCAAACUGAUGCAGCACGAGGCCCACUGUGCGAAUGGUAG